AUGUCAUCAAUAAAACCUCCCUGGAGCUUGGUCAUUCCAGAUGAGCUGAGCUACGAAGUUUGGCAUUCGUCAGGACGCAGCCGUGUCAGAAAGGGCAUUAUCGCUUAUCUGUAUAUGAGAAUUGGGUCACCGCGGCAGAGCUUCAAUCGAAAUAUAGUGAUUCUUUUGGCCAGAUUUGCUUAUCCAACCCUCGAGUUUAAGGGUCCCGAAGAGACCAGACCUUGCCUUGGGAAGGCAUCACUUAUGCUAGUAAUCAUAUCUGCACUUUUAAUCGUUAUGAUCGAUUAA